AUGCAUUCCGCUAUCGCCUUUACUCUCUCCACUCUGGCCCUUGCCGUCUCCGCAGCUCCUGCUCGCCGGACUACAGGCUCUGUUCAAGUUCAGUUUGCCAACGAUAUCACUGGAGCAAACGGCAACGCCUUGAUCCCUCUUGAUGGAUCCAAUAUUAGCCUUGGACAGGCUUAUGCCGAUACCAAUCUUUCUCGGGAUGGCACUCUCUUUGUCACUAGCCUACAGUUCACUGCCGAUUUCACCAACGUGCAGUGUAUUGUAUUGAAGGAUUUUACCACUGAGGUCGCUAGCAUUGCCGACCCAGCGCGAGACUUCCAGAGAUUCUCCCAGAAGCCUUUGAACUGGCAAACUGGCUUCACUAUCAGCUGCACUAAGUCUGCUUAG